AUGUCAGGAAAUAGGAGGAUCAGUCCAAGUUGGGAGAGGCCGCUCGUAUCCCCCCUUAAGAUUGGAAGUAUUGGUUUGGCCCAUCAUAUUGAUGAGGAGGGAGAGAAGGAGGAGCAGCAGGAGAAAGCAGAGCAAAAGAAGGAGGAGGAGCAGGAGGAAGGAAAGCAGCAGGAGAAAGCAGAGCAGGAGGAGCAGGAGCAGGAGGAUAAUGGAACAAGAACAAAAACAGUGACAGUACAACCAGUACAGACAGAGGCAGGGUCCAAGACAGGUGAAGAUGCACCAAGGAUAGACCUAAACAGAGCUGAAGAUGAGGGCUUUGAUUUUUAUACACGACCGGCCUCCAAAGAUUUAGAUUUUUUUUUUUCUUACCACCCUCAACAACCCACCAGAAAAGGCACGACUAUCUAUCAUACUAAAGAUGGUAUUAUGAGAAAGUGGCUCACAUACUGUAAGAAAGAAAACUCACUCUACUGCACAGUAUGUUUGGCAUAUGCAAAGCCAUCUGCAAGUGAAAGUGCGUUCAUUAAGGGGGGAAUGACAGCCUGGAAGCAUGUACAUCAGAGAAUAGAAGAGCACGAAAGAAACCAAGUUCACAGAGACAGUGCAGAAGCAUAUUUUAUGAUGGCCAGUCAAGCAGACAUAGUAAGCUUACUAAGUGGAAAACAAGUGUCUCUUCACCGUGACCAAGUCAGAAAGAAACGCCAAGUCAUGGACCGUGUCAUUGAAGUGAUAAAAGUCAUUGGAAAGUGUGGUCUUAGCUAUAGAGGCACCAAAUUUGAAGCUGCAUACACAUGGGACAACAUUGCUGUUGAUCAUGGAAACUUCUUGGAAAUGAUCCUCCUGCUGAGCAAAUUUGAUGUCUCUCUGCAAGAACAUGUAAAUGAAUGUGUACAAAAAAGCCAAAGCCUAAAUAAGACCGGUGUUAAAGGCAGAGGAUCUUUCGUUACACUGCUGUCUAAAACAUCUGUCAACAAAGUGAUUGAUGUAAUCAGCCACUUAAUCAAAGAAAGCAUUUCAAGGGAAGUAAGGCAAGCAGGAAUGUUUUCUCUGCAGAUUGACACCACACAAGAUAUUACCUCCACAGACCAAUGUGCUGUUAUCCUCAGAUAUGUGACUGAUGUGGUCCAUGAGAAGCUCAUAGGUGUGGUUGAUUGUGAGUCAUCAACUGGAGAGUAUUUUGUGGAGCUACUUAAAAAAACUCUAGCAAAGGUGGAUAUUGAGCUUAGGAACUGUGUUGGCAACUCAACCGAUGGAGCUGCAAACAUGCAAGGCCAGUACAAGGGGUUCUCUGCUUUACUGGCAUCAGAGUCUCCUAACCAAGUGCACAUCUGGUGCUAUGCACAUGUGCUCAAUCUUGUUCUGGGUGACACCACGAGUGCUGUGAUAGAAAGUGCAUCCCUUUUCUCCAUAGUGAAUGAUGUUGCUGUAUUUAUCAAGGACUCAUACAAGCGUAUGAAAAUGUGGGAGGAAGUCAGUGAUGACAAGCGACACAGACGGCUGUCUCCUAUCGGGGAGACAAGAUGGUGGGCCAAGGACCAGGCCCUAAGCAAGAUAUUUGGCUGUUUUGGUAACCCUGACAAUGCUUUGUAUGUUGAUUUAAUCUUAACACUGAAAAGGAUAGUGGAAGAUAUGUCAAUCAAAGCACAUGUCAGAGCAAGAGCUAAGGGGUACAUGGAGUCCCUACUGAAGCAUGAGACGGUGUUGACAGCACAGCUAUUCUUGAGAAUCUUUGAGAUUACCUCACCACUUUCCAGAUACCUCCAGACCAGUGGCAUGGACCUAAUCACUGCUCAUCGACUAGUUAUGGGGGCCCAAGACAGCCUAAAAUCCUGCAACAGGGACAUGGAUGGUGUCACAAAAGCUGCAAAUAUCUUUGUUAAAUGGGCUAACAAGGAGCUGGAGGAGAAUGGAUCUAAAGAGGUGGUUCAGGGGGCUCUACCUGAAAAAAAAAUCAGAAAGAAGAAGUCCAUGCCAGGUGAAGUAGCAGAGGAAGAACAUUCGUUGAAUACAGAGGAUCAGUACAGGAUCAAGGUGCACAAUGUCAUUUUGGACACAGUGACUCAGAGCAUUCACGCUCGCUAUUCUGCAAAUGGAGCUCUUUAUGAUGAUUUUGCAUGCCUCGACCCAAGGAAUUUUGGUACACUAAGAGAUAGGGGGCUUCCAUCUGAAUCCCUCAAACAACUCAGUAAAUGCCUCCUUAGGUUCGAUGAAAGAGCAACAUCUGGAAGGCUCAAUGCCGAGCUCUGUAGUUUGGCCAACCAGUGGGAGAGACUUAAGUUGCCACAUUUGGAGUCAUACACUGUCCGGGCUGCAGAAGAGACAGAAGAUGGAGAAGACAUGGAACUGAAUAACACCAGCUGCACCUCCUGCAAAGACUGUGCAAUUUGUGUUUAUCAUAUCCUCUCCAAAUACAACCUCCUCACUGAUGCCUAUCACGUCAUUGGACUGGCCUACAAGUUCUUGCUUACACUCUCUUUCAGUCAAGUGGCCUGUGAGAGGACCUUUUCUACUCUCAAGUAUGUAAAGAACAGACUGAGGAGUACUCUGACACAGGAGCGUCUUGAGGCAUUCAUGCUAAUGUGCACAGAGAAAGAGAUCCUAAUGACUUUAGACAACGAUGGAGUCAUAGACAGAGUUGCAGAGUCGAGUAAACUUCUCCAAAGUUUGCUGGUGAUGUGAGGUAGGACAGUUUUAGGAGGAGCAACAGCAGGAGGAGAGAGGAGGAGGAGAAGAAAGGAGGAGGAGCAGCAGGAGGAGAGAGGAGGAGGAGCAGUA